GAGCGGACGGCAUCGCCGACGUCACUUCCGCAAGACGCUCAACAUGGAGUCCGGCGGCUUGAAACUGAGUUUCUGGGAGAACGGACCGAAACCGGGCCAGCUGUACUCCUUCCCGGGGAACGAGCAGAGGCCGGGCUGCGGGCCCGUCAGACACACGCUUAACCCCAUGGUAACAGGGACGUCGGUGCUGGGGGUGAAGUUCACCGGCGGUGUUGUGAUCGCUGCAGACAUGUUGGGCUCCUACGGCUCUCUGGCCCGCUUCAGGAACAUCUCCCGUCUGAUGAAGGUCAACAACAACACAAUCUUGGGGGCCUCGGGUGACUACGCUGACUACCAGUACCUCAAACAGAUCAUAGAGCAGAUGGUAAUUGAUGAGGAGCUGCUGGGCGACGGUCACAGCUACAGUCCCAAAGCCGUGCACUCGUGGCUGACCAGAGUCAUGUACAACCGCCGCAGUAAGAUGAACCCGCUUUGGAACACGGUAGUCAUCGGAGGAUUUUACAAUGGAGAGAGUUUCCUUGGCUACGUGGACAAGCUGGGCGUGGCUUACGAGGCACCAACCGUGGCCACUGGCUUUGGCGCGUACCUGGCACAACCCCUAAUGAGGGAGGUGGUGGAGAAUAAGGUGGACAUCACAAAGGAGGAAGCACGGGAGCUGAUUGAGCGCUGCCUCAAAGUCCUUUACUACCGCGACGCUCGCUCCUACAACAGGCACGAGAUCGCCAUUGUAACAGCAGACGGCGUUGAGAUCAUCGGUCCCCUGUCCUCUGAGACCAACUGGGACAUUGCUCACAUGGUCAGUGGCUUUGAGUGAAGAGCGACGUGGUGAUGGAGGACUGGAAGUGAAAACCAAGCCAUGCCAUCGCUCCCAUCUUCUGCUACGUUACGUACGGCCAUGAUAGAACUCACACGUAUCCCUGUUUAGUAUAUAUCUUUUUGUUCAAUGCUACUUUUGUAAAAUGAUAAAUAAAUACAAUAAGCCUAAA